AUGGGAACAGUUUACCUGUUUUCCACCAUUCCACCAACCUCACUCCACCCCACCCCAUUCCCCGCCCUCGCCCCCACCCCUCCCCCAUCCCCCCAAAAAAGAUCAAAAACUAAGAACAUGAACAAAUAUCGUCUGAAGCAUAGAAACAAGAUGGCGUGGGCUGGCCGCCCAACGUUAUGUCUUGAUGACGAAGUUCCGGGACGUAGAGAUGAGAGCUCUACAUCACAUUUUGUGGAUAGAAAACACAGUGCAGUUUUCAUGAAAGGCAUUCCCGAAAGCGUUCACGAGGAAUACAUUGAAAUGUUUUUCGAGAACGAGGUGAACUUUACAGGUGUAAAGGUUCGCUCUGUUUGUAUAAACAGGGACGAGAGAACAGCUAUAGUGACGUUUAAGGACAAGCAAGCUGUUAAUGUCGUUUUGGAAAAGGAAUGUAUCAUUAUGAAGCGCGCAAAGGUUCUUAUAGAAUCUUAUAACACCGAGCGAAAAACUUUAGAUGUAACACAAACCGUACACAAUACGGAACUGCCAAGAGUUGUUCUGAAAGAUUUGCCCGAUGAUGUAGACCAAGAGGAUAUAGAAAUGGUGUUAAGUAGCACCAAACGUGUUGGAAAUAUAGAAGUGGUUAACAUUGACUAUAAUGAGGAGGAUUCCUUGGCUAUUGUGACUCUUGGAAAUCAGAAAUGUGCUUUAUUUGUUGCCAAUCGGAGUCCAAUGAAAUUUCACGGAAGCGAAUUAUUACUCAGAAAGCUGCCGAUAGAUGAAAUAAUGGGUUCAGACGAAAUUAUAGCUGAUAAUGGAAUCGAUAAAGCACAAACACAACUUCUUGUAGAAGAUAUUCCGGAAGAUGUUGACAAAGAAAUUCUAGAGAUGUUCUUCGAAUCAAGAAGAUUCAAGUCCUGCGAGGUGAUUGAUGUUGAUUUCGACGAGGAAGAUAGAAACGCUCUCGUCCGAUUUGCAAAACCAGAAGACAUAUUAGAGCUGUAUUUUGACAACGAGAACAAAUCUGGAGGCAGCGGUAUCGUAGAAAGCAAAACUACAUUUGACUCUAAAAACAACAUUGCGUUUGUGACAUUUAAAGAGGAAAAGGUUGCAGAGAGGGUUGUCUUGCGACAAAGACAUUACCUUAGAAAGAGACGACUACAUGUGACACUAUUCAGGCCAACACGAUCUACAAAAUGUCAAAAGCUAACACGUUACACUCAAAAGAAAUCGACUAAGACGAUACGUGUCCGUGGGAUGAGGAAGAUUAGGACCAGGGAAUUUGUGAACUUGUAUUUUGAAAGCAAGAAGAGGGCUGGAGGUGGAGAUAUCGAAUCGAGAUACACAGAUGAGGAGGACGAUGAUACAGUCUACAUUACAUUUAAUGAGGAAAACGCUGCUAAAGCUGUAGCAGACCGUGCACACCACACUGUGGAUGGAGUUGUUCUAACGGUAUCCCUAUACUUUCCGUCCGUUCAAACAACGCCUUGUUACACGAACAAGAUCCUAAUCAAAGGGCUGAACGCAAAAAUAACGGAGAGCCUACUUGGGCUAUUUUUAGAAGCUAAAGCUAACUAUACUCUUAUAGAUGGGAGUCUUACCUACCAUGCUGUCCGUAAUGAUGUUGCUUUAGUUACAACAGAACAAGAUAUAGAUUUUGAAACACUGAAACGGGUAUGCAGAGAUAAGCCAAUGGAAGGCUCAUACCUUGAUGUCUCCUCUGUUCCGAUGUCAAACUGCAUCGUCGUGUUUAACAUUCCUGACAAUGUAACCAAAGACAUGGUCGAGCUGUACUUUGAAAAUAACAAGAGGAGCAAUGGUGGACCAGUUAGCAAAGUUGGGAUGUUCAAACCCCUAGGAUUCUCUGUUGGUUCUGUUUUAAGUAAAGAGCAGACAUUGAGUAGCAUUGUAGUCGAAGUGAAAAGAUACCUUCCAUGUAUUGCAAGAGCAGAAGUGGACUCUGUUUAUAGAAAACUUCGAUUUUGUGAUCCCAUUGCGAUGAAUGUGAGUCCAUUAAAAAUGAGAUUUAUCAAGAGUUCUCAGUUGGCUACAGUAUCGCUUGAUGCGCAGAUGAGCAUGUGCUAUGCAGCAUUGGCCUGGUCAGAAGAAACCUCUUCAGUCGAAAUAUCAUGUACAUUGACGACUGAAGUGAAAAAUUGUAUUGCAUUGGCAUGUAAUUGGAAGGAAGUUGCAGAACAGAAAUUCAAUGAUUUUAUGGACAAAAUAACUGAACAGGACAUGCCCGUUAUACAAGAGCUCUGGGAGAAAGUCACACCAAAGCUCUCUGAUGUUUCUCAAGAGAACCCAAAAGAUGCUGCAGUAUAUUUGUCGAAGAAAUAUGGUAAAAUUUCUAUUGUUGGUGUGAAGCAUGUUGCUGAUCAGCUCAUCAAUAGCAUUCGUGACGUCAUAAAACUCGCUUCAGAUGAGUUUGCGACAGAGAAACAGUGGACCAGAGAACAUGUUACGGCAUUACAACAAAUACAAACACGGAUGCUUCUUGCGGAAGAGUUUCCAACAAAAAUGGAAGAAGUGUUUCCUGGUAUUAAAGUUGAAAUAAAUCUUGGAAAGAACGAAAUUAUUAUCAAAGGUAAUCAUGAAGAUGUGAAUACAGUGCUAUUGAAAAUGCAUGAACUGAAGGAUAAAUUUUGUGCACAAGAAUUUCAGGUCAAUGAUCGAGUGUUUUGCCUCUACGAUAUUAGCAAUAAAACAGUCAAGGAGUACAUCUUGAAAAAAUUGAAAAACAUUUGCGUAGUUGCAGUGUGGGAAAAAACUGAAAAGAAACUGCUUGUGAUGUCUGCAAGUAAGCAAACACUAGCUACUGCUGCGAGAGUUGUUUUCGAAUCUGUGUUGAGUAAAACUAUUUUAUUGUCCGAGGCAAAUAUUUCUUUAUUACUGAGCCACACUUGGAAGGAAAAACGGGAAGAGUUAAAAAACAAAUAUAAAGAAAAGCUUGUUUUUGACACGACUGAUUUUGGCAAACUUGUUAUUGGGACCACAGAUGAUAUUACUAAUGAAGUCGAAAGCGCUAUUCAGUCAUUUCUAAGGGCUCAUUCCAUUUUCAAGGACAAGAUCAGAGUUCCACACGACGUGUAUCAGUUGUUUAUACGCCAUCAUGUGCAAGAUUUUCAAAGAAUUGCAAGUUCUUUGCAGUCAGAGAAUGUUCGUAUAUUUUUAAAAGAUGAUGCACAUGAGUUUGAAAUAUCUGGUUCAAAAGUUGGAAUGGGGCAGGCAAAGACUCAAGUUGAAGCACUUUUGAGAAAGGUAAACAAGAAGCAGCACACAUGCAUAAAACCAGGCCUUAGAAAAUAUUUGCAAACUGAGAAGGGAAGUGAAAUUAUGCAAUCUGUAGAAUCAGCGUUUCCAUGUGUUAUAUCCAUGAAUGAAGACGAUGAUGACAUGGGAAGUGACAAAAUUUGUGUGAUUGCAAGCUGCACUGGUUACGAAAAUCGAAGAAUGUUUGCUGCCGUUGGUGAUAUGUCAGAAUUAAACGUCGAGGUUAUUGUUAACCCUUCUAAUGACAAAAUAGGUCUUUCUGGAGGACUUGGAAACGUGAUAAAAAUGAAAGGAGGACUAGCGCUUGAACGCCCUUGCAAAGGUUACAUGAAAAACAACGGCCAACUGAGUGAGGGAGAGGUUUUUGUAUCCCCGGCAGGAAAUCUGAAAGCAAAGCAUAUUAUUCAUGUGGUGGGUCCGACUUGGAAUGACGGUAUUCACCAAGAGGAUGAAAAACUGACAGAGGUGGUUUUCGAGGCAAUGAAACAGGCGUCUAUUAAAAACAUUAAAUCUCUUGCCAUGCCUGCUAUAAGUUGUGGUGUUUAUGGAUUUCCUGUAAAGAAAGCGACAGGCAUUAUUGUAGCGGCCGUCAAGAACUUUUUCCGGGAGGAACAAGAUAGCUCUUUGACAGAGAUCUACCUGUGUGAUAUGAAGUAUGGCACAGUUGAUGCUUUUACUGAAGCUUUACAGAAGGAAUGGGGUGCUCAAAACGUGAAAAAACAUGCAUGCCAAACACAACAACGGAAACCUGGUAAUUUCCAUUAA